UUCUGGGAGUCGUAGUUCUGUGGGCUCUUAGCGCACCUCUUUGUGGGGUCAGGGGUUCGGGGCUAUUGUUCAUGGGGCAUUGCGAAGGGUGAGGGAGGAGGAGAGGGAGUCAGUGCGCACGCGCGGCUAACGGUGCUGGGCCCCUGCGAGAGAAUCAGAAACACCCACUGACUCGCGGGCCGAGGGUGCACGCGUGAGUGUGUCAGAGAUCUGCUUUCUCAAGACACUGCCCUUCAAGAGAGGAGCAGAGAGAAAGGGGAGGAAGGAAUGGCAUCCUCACUGCUGCCCGCCAGCUCCCAGGAAUCAGUGACUUUCAGAGAUGUGGCCGUGGACUUCACAAGGGAGGAGUGGAGGCAUCUGAACUCAGCUCAGAGAGACCUGUACCGGGAUGUGAUGCUGGAGAACUAUCAGAACCUCGUGUCCUUGGGUCUUCUGGUUUUCCAGUCAGAUGUGAUCUCCCAGUUGGAGAAUGGUGAAGCACCAUUGAUGCCAGGGGCAGAAGUCCCAAGAGGCGCUUGGCCGGAUUCUCUUAAUCAGGAGAUGAGGGGCAAAUGCAAGGAGGCUCUUCCAGAGGACGAUAGUUUUUUGAGACUCACAAAGGAUGAUCCUUGGAAUUGCAAUUUAGGAGAAGGCUGGAAAUAUGAUGUCAGAAAGCAGAAAGACCAUCAAGAGAGGAAAUCCAAGCCAGUGAUAGUCAUCCGUGAAUGUAAUGCGUUUGAGCAAAAUUUCAGCAUGGGGUCAGUCCUUGCUACACAACAAAGAACUGCAACAGAGAAUGGUCUCUUUAAAUCUUUUGUCCAUGCAAAGAGCUCCAAGCAGUAUUCAGGCAUUCUUAAAUGUCCUAAAACCUCCUCAAGUAAGAAACGUUGGAAGUUCAACAAAUCCAGGAAGUCUUUUAGCUUCCACUCUGACCUUAUUCAAUAUCAUAAAAAACUUAUUGGAGAAAAGACAUGCGAAUGGAAUGAUUGUGGAAAAGCCUUAAGCAAAAAGCCAUCCAUCAGAGGAUGUCAGAAAAUUUAUGGUGGAGUAAAACCUUUUGUACACAAUGAAUUUAGAAAAGAUUGCAUACAGCGGGGAAAACCUAUUGUUCUUAAGAGAAUUCACAAAGGAGAGAAACCCUUUGAAUGUACUGUAUGUGGGAAAUACUUUAGCAAAAGCUCAUCAUUGAAGAGACAUCAGAGAAUUCAUACAGGAGAGAAACCUUUUGCAUGUAAUGAAUGUGGGAAAACCUUCAGGCAAAACUCAUCACUGAGCAGACAUCAGAAAAUUCAUGCAAGAAGCAAACCCUUUGUAUGUAAUGAGUGUGGAAAAGUCUUCAUAGAGAAAGGAAAACUUACUGAAUUUCAGACACUUCAUGCAGGAGAGAAACCCUUUGAGUGUAAAGAUUGUGGAAAGGCCUUCAGUGCAUCCCUUAAAGAGCAAUGGAAACUUUAUACUGAGGAAAAACAAUUCAAAUGUAAUGAGUGUGGGAAAUUCUUUAGCAAUAGCUCAUCACUUAAAGGACAUGAGAAAAUUCAUACUGGAGAGAAACCCUUUGUUUGCAAUGAGUGUGGUAAAGCCUUUGUAGAGAGAGGAAGACUUACUGAACAUAAGAGAAUUCACACUGGAGAGAAACCUUUUGCUUGUGAUGAAUGUGGGAAAGCCUUCAGCAAAAGCUCAUCACUUAGGGGACAUCAGAGAAUUCAUACUGGAGAGAAACCCUUUACUUGCAACGAGUGUGGGAAAGCCUUCAUAGAAAAAGGAAACCUUAGUGUACAUAAAAGAAUACAUACUGGAGAGAAACCUUUUGAAUGUAAUGAAUGUGGGAAGACUUUUUGUAAAAGCUCAUCGCUUAGGAAGCAUCACAGAACUCAUACUGGAGAAAAACCCUUUGUGUGCAGUGAGUGUGGGAAAGCCUUCAUAGAAAGAGGAAGACUUACUGAACAUAAGAGAAUUCACACUGGAGAGAAACCCUUUGAAUGUAGUGAAUGUGGGAAAGCCUUCAACCAAAGCUCAUCCCUUAGGAAACAUCAAAGACUUCAUACUGGAGAAAAACCUUUUACAUGUCUUGAGUGUGGAAAAGCCUUCAUACAAAAGGGAAACCUUAGUGUACAUAAGAGAAUUCAUACUGGAGAGAAACCCUUUGAAUGUAAUGAAUGUGGGAAGACCUUUCGAACUAGCUCGUCUCUAAGGAAGCAUGAAAGAGUUCAUACUGGAGAGAGAAUAUAAAACAGGGAUUAAUGGGGAUAGCUUUUACCUAUACCAUAAGCCUUACAAUUCAUUGAAAAUUUCAUGCAGCAGAGGGGCCCAUUGAAUGUAAUAAAUGUGGAAAGGCCUGAAGCACCAACUUAUUUUUUAGUUCUUAAGAAUCUGAUUUCUACCUACCCUUCUAGGCUUAUUUCACAUUGCUCUCUUUCUGAGCUCUACCUUCCAAACUGGCCUGCUUGCUGCUUCCUCAACUCUGAAUUUCAAUAUCCAUUCCUCCUGCGCGCACACACACACACACACACACACACACACACACACACACACACGCACACACAUACACACACCCCUCCUUGCCUUUUCAUAGGCUGUCACCAAUAUUCUCUCCUCUACCUUUUAAAAUCCCUGGUGUCCUUUAAGGCUUAGUGUAUGUCCUGUGGAAAGCUUUUUCUGCUCCCCAUAGUCAGUAGAGCUUGCCUCAAAUUCUCUCUCAUUAGAUAGAUAUGGAUAGAUGGAUUUAUCUAUCUAUAUUUUUUCUCUCAGUAUAUGAUAUUUUCCACCAGUAGCAUGUGAGCUCUGAGGGCAGGAACUAUCUUUUAUUUUAUCUUUGUAUCCUUGUACAUACUAGGUGGUUAAUAAAUCCUUAUUGGAUUGGAUCUUAGCAUUGGAGUGUCUAUACUGGAGAAAAUACUAUGAAUACAGUGAAUGUGGGUAAACCUCUAUAAGUAAGGGAAACUCUAGUACAUGUAAGAUAACAUCUGCUGGAGAGAAAUUCUUUCAUAAAGUCUUCAACAGCCAUUCAUCCUUUAGGGUUCAUUCAACAUAUAUUUAUAAAGCUCCUAUGUUCAAGACACUGCUAGGCAUUUGGAAUACAAAGCUAAAAAUGGAAACCGUUUCAGCCUUCAGAGAUCUUAUAUUCUACUGAAUGGAAUAGAAAAUUAUAGGAAAUA